GUCAGCGUGUAUCCCAGUGUGGGAGACUGGGUGGCUGCGGUGAGAGCUGGAUAGGUAGCUUAUAUGUUUGUCUGUUGUAUGGAUGUAUGUGUGUAUGAAUGAGUGUACGUCCUAAACCACUGAGAGAUCUGCCAAGGGCAGCUCACUCGAGGCCCCGACGCUCGCCUUCCUGCUCGCCGGCGCCACAAUAUAAUACACAGUUAAAGUGCAAAAGGUGGAUCCUCGCGCCCUUGAUCAUGUCCUGUAUAGAGAACACUGAAGUGUACAUCCCUCAGGAGGCGUCCAUCACCACCGUCCCCGUACAGGCACUUCCCCGCUCCAUCAGGAAGAAAGUCCUCACCGGUCCUCUCCAUCUCCACGGCGACCAGCCCGCCACAUUCAUCACCCCGGUGGAGCUGAGAGGAAUCGGAACCACCCAGAACCCCUCUCAGCUCCCUCUGGGUCAGAACCGGCUGCCGGUCGUGACCUCUAACCUCACGGCGCUCCUCCUAAUUAAGAGACUUGUUCACUCGGGUGAAAUCUCGCUGCAGUUCUCUGAACCUCGAGCGGAUCGACUUCUCUAUAACGGGAGGAACUCCAUCGUCGUGUACGACGGGAAGCUCUUCCUGUCUGUGAGGAAAAAGAGGCCUCGCGAUUGGCCGAUGGACCCGCCGAGCUCCACCCUACCUGAGCGUGAAGCCCCGCCCCCGGACUCGCCUGAGAACCUGGACGGAGGGACUGAUGAUGUCAUCGACAGCGGGACAAGUGGGGGCGGCACCGGUGAAGCAAAGGAUCAUGGGAAAUGCAUAGAGGACGCGCAAGAGGAAGCUAAUGAUGAACCAACGGAGGAGGAACCCGAAGCACCAACGCCGACGAGAGACGUUAGCACUAACACAAUUAGCUUGAUUGCAAAGAUCAAGCAGGAACUGGAUCGUGAAAACCAGUUAGCGUGGGCGGAAACUAGCGCAGCCGGCGACGACAGAGAGGACGAUCACGCUAACGCAGAGUGUUUAUCUGGGAGACGUCAGAUUAGCCAAAGCUACGCAGACGAACUGAGCGGUGACGUAGCUCACCACGGAAACCGCGUAAAUAAAACAAACGCUGACGCAGGAAACGCAGAGAGACGCUCAGACAGAACCAGGAAUGCUAAAAUGUUCCGCGGCGCUUCAGAUGAUGCUAAUCAGAGCACAGAAAACGUUAAAAGUGGCGACGAGGUUUUGGAAACUUUAGGUGGGAAAAACGUCCCAGAAAAAGCUAAUUCAAACGGAGCAGACGCUGAAAGUUGCGUUAAAACAAAGCUAGCUGAAGCUAAUCGCGUAAACAGUGACGUUGAGAUCGCGGAUGCUAAAACUUCCAGUAAACUUCCAAUCAACAUUUCAGACGAUGUAAACACAAUCGUAACAAGCACUGAACAUCCUGUUUAUGCUAAGUUUAGCGGAACUGAGAGUCAGUCAGACAAAAAUAAACGCUGUGAGGACGUCGGCGAGAUCGCAGAAGCGAGCGCUGGUGGAUUAGCGGGCGAAAGUCAGGAUACCGCCGCGAUAUCACAAACUGAGAAUCGUCCAGGAAAAACAGAAGGCGGUGAAAGUCACACUGUUAGCAUUGAGCUAGUUUCAGACAAAACGGGUGACAUGGAUUGUGUUAAAUCUCGUAGCGGCGGAGUUCAGGGUUCGCUAGCACACGACGACGUUUUAAACUCACCGGACGACGUGGUAGAAGUCGGUGAGAGUCGAGUCGAGAGUCAGACGAGCAGAGACGCCAAAUCCGCGGGGAAAUUAGCCUGCCGUAAGCGUCUGAGUUUUGGAAACGCAGAAGAGAAGCUAAACUCAGAACCCGGCGACGAUCUAAUAAUGGAGGAACGCGGCGCUAAAGCUACCAGCAGCGUAGAAAUCGUAGAGAUCGACGACGACGACGAUCGAGUUUGUGUCGCUAGGAAGAACCGCGCUAAUGCUAAGAGAGUGCGCUUUAAAGACGAAGUCGUCGAGUGUCGCGAUACGCCGGCAGGAAGUGAUGACGUCAUAAUCAUCGAUGACGACGAGCAAAACGACACAGACGUUGAAAAUGACGAUGGCGAUGAAGUGGAGAUCGUGGAAUUAGCCGAGCGCCAAGCUGAAAGUCGUGGAAACGCUAGGAGCGGCGACGCUGAAGAAUCUCCGGCUAAGAUGAACGCCAGCAAACGUAAAAUUAGCAACAGCGGAAACGACUCCAAGAGCUCUGUUAAAUCUCAGAUUAGCGAAGUCCAGAGUUUAGCAGCUAAGCGCUUUAAACAGAACGAUAGCGAUUAUGAUGAAGAGCGGAAGGAUCGUAGCGCUAGAGCUAGCGAAACUAGCGAUGAUUCAUCAUCUGAAUCUGAACUAGUCAUAGAUUUGCAUAGAAGUGACGCGCGUCCACCCGGGCAAGUCGAUGCUAAUAUGGAAGAUCUGGACAUCGCGGAGGCGGAUGAUGAUCACGAACUUCAAGACGUAGCGACUGUCGAACGUAGCGCUAACGAGAAGCCGCGGGUUCAUAAUCAAGCGAACGAAGAAAACGACGAGAUCCAGAGAGAGAAAAACUACGCUAAUGGAGAUGAAACCCGCGCACAAAACGACACUAAUGAGACGGGAUCGGUCGCUAAAGCAAGCGGCAGUAACACUGAAAGUUUGUUAGAUAAGCUACGUAGCGCUGUAGCUAAUAGCGAAGCUCAGACGUCAUCUAGCAGCGACGCUGAACCGAUGGAGGUCGUUCCCGACGACCUCGACGUCAGCGGUGCUGCAAGUUACGCUAACGAAGAAACGUUUGCUUCGUCGGAUAACGAUCAGGCUGACGCGUCUCCAGAAGUUUCGAUUAGCGGCGUAGACGUCGAGGAGAACGUUAGCGAAAACCAGUCAGCAGCCGCAGGUUCCUCUGAGGCGGCCAAUCAGAGUGAAGCCCAGCAGGGGGCGUGUGUUCAGGCCGACCUCGCGCCUCCUCCGGCGGAUGGCGGGUCUGGAUACGCGGAGCUAAACCGCCAGGAGAACAUAACGCUACUGCGGCGGAGACUGAGAGGGAUGGAGGACAAACUGAACGCCAUGAUUAACCGCCGCUAAUAUUACUGCUAGUUUAGCUGAUUAGCGUUUAAGAUACGCGGUGGAGUCCAGCGUGUGACGUCUGUGAUUAUAGUACAUGAAUUUCUAGGUUAUUGAGAGACGACUGUUCCACGUACUCAGGAUCGUUUCAGCUGUGUUAGCUCUAACGCUACACAGUUACCAUGGAAACCCCCGAAUCCGUUACUAUAAAUGUGAAAUAAAUCUCGUACAUUUAUUUUAACGUUUGUAUAAAAGAUUUUAUUCGUUUUUACUUUUUAAUUUCUUAGUUUUUAUUAAUUUUUUGCACUUGGUGUGUUAGUGUCUGUUGUGCUGGUAUGAGUGGAUCAGACACAGCAGCACUGCUGGAGUUUUUAAACACCUCACUGUCACUGCUGGACUGAGAAUCGUCCACCAACCAAAAUAUAUCCAGCCAACAGCGCCCCGUGUGCAGCGUCCUGUGACCACUGAUGAAGGUCUAGAAGAUGAGCGACUCAAACAGCAGCAAUAGAUGAGCGAUCGUCUCUGACUUUACAUCUACAAGGUGGACCGACUAGGUAGGAGCGUCUAAUAGAGUGGACAGUGAGUGGACACGGUGUUUAAAAACUCCAGCAGCGCUGCUGUGUCUGAUCCACUCAUACCAGCACAACACACACUAACACACCACCACCAUGUCAGUGUCACUGCAGUGCUGAGAAUGAUCCACCACCUAAAUAAUACCUGCUCUGUGGGGGUAGAACAGGGUGAAAGGGGGGUAACAAAGCAUGCAGAGAAACAGAUGGACUACAGUCAGUAAUUGUAGAACUACAAAGUGCUUCUAUAUGGUAAGUGGAGCUGAUAAAAUGGACAGUGAGUGUAGAAAGAAGGAGGUGGUUUUAAUGUUAUGACUGAUCGGUGUAUAUAAAUAUUUCUGCGUUUAUUUGAUGAUUUUGUUUAUUAAAUCAGAUCGAUUCUCUUUAA